AAUACAACAUUUUAUAUCCGCGAUACUGAUCGUCACGUCACUUGUGCCGUGACAAUUGUUCAUAACACGAAAACAAAGUGCGUCAAAGCAAAUUGGGGAACUGGCGACAGCUGUGCGGAAGUAGCAUAUGAUUUAGCUGGAGCUGAACUAUCAUAAAACUCUGAAAUAUUAAUAGGUGCGUUGAACUGCAACUGAGGCAGGUGAGGACGUCAAGAACUGUCAGCGAGUCACUGUGAUUUACAUGCCUUGACGAAUGACUCGAGCAAAUAGGCUAUGAUAACGAAAUUAACUACGGUUACGUGUUGAUUCGUUUCGGCUUUCAGUAUUUAAGGCUGGCUAAAUGCCAGAGCUGGCAUCAUUCGCGGCUAAGAAACUGAAACGAAAUGUGCUCCAAGCUGUCAAUAAUUGCGCUCACUGUAGUCCUGGGCGUCAUGUGUGUACACAGCGCCGCUGUGGAUCAGUCCCGGCUGGUGGUGGAGAAACAGGAGCCGGAGGGCCCGACAACGCAGCUACCGGCUGUGGACGAGGCCAGUGUGCCGGAGCAGUGCCACCAGCCCAAGGUGGCGGGUCGCUGCUUUGCCCUAUUCUAUCGCUUCGCCUACAAUCUGGAUACGCACGCCUGCGAGGAGUUCAUCUACGGCGGCUGUGGCGGUAACAGCAACAACUUCAAUUCCAAGGCGGAGUGUGAGGAGCUGUGCUUGGGCAAGGCAGAGACACCAGCAGAGACAAAAGCAUCCGCGACUGAGCAGAGCCCAGAGCAGACUACGCAGCCACAGCAGUCGGCGGAGACGACAAUCAGCGCAGUCGCCUAAUGGGAAGCACCCGAAUAGUCUCUAUAUAUACAUACAUACGUAUAUAUAGUAUAUAAGCUUUAUACUCAUAGUACUCGUCUACACUUAUAGAAAUCACGUCUCCUCUACACCGACCUACCCAUAUUUGUACAGCUCUAAUGAGCAUGAGUACUUAGCUCCAGGGCCGGCGUCUUCGGUUAGAGGGGGCGACAGUGUUAAAGUCAAAUUUAUGGGUAACGCCCAACUCGCAGAUGAAAAUAUAAAUAGUGAUAAUAAUGAA